AAAGUCUGAUCGGUAGACGUCGGACAUAUUGUUCCAGUUUUCGUAAAAUGCACUGUCGUGGUGCUUAGUGAGAGAAAAUGUUACGUUUGACGAUAGCGUUGCUUGCGAUGGUCGCGGUGGCAAAAACUGGGAACGAGCCAGCGCCGGCAGCCCAGCAGAUAGUCGCGUUCAAACAGAGAACAUCGGGGCCCAUCGGUAUUAUGACAACGAGUGCUGGAUCGCCAAUCGAACUCAAAGAUGCGAGUAGCACAUUGAACUCAAAUCUCAUAUUGAAUGAAUAUUUUAUGGAUUCAUUAACUCAUAUAGUAAGAGAGAGGAUUCCCGAGAGGUUGGUGCAUGCAAAAGCGGCUGGAGCAUUCGGUUAUUUUGAGGUUACGCAUGAUAUUAAGAAUAUUUGUAAAGCCAAAUUAUUUAGUAAAAUAGGAAAGAAAACUCCAGUGGCAGCAAGAUUUUCUCCGGUGAUAGUCCAAAGAGGAGGUACUGAUACUUCAAGAGAUGCGCGCGGGUUUGCUAUUAAAUUUUACACUGAAGACGGUAAUUUUGAUAUCGUGGGAUUCAAUACGCCCAUGUACGCGUACAAAGAUCCACUGCUUUUUUCAUCAUUUGUGCGAGCUCUAAAACGAAAUCCAGCUACUAAUUUAGUAGACGGUAAUACGCUAUGGGACUUUUUGACGUUGCAACCGGAGAACUUACAUAUGUUUUUGCUCGUAUUUGGGGAUAGAGGUGUGCCAGAUGGUUACAGGCAUAUGCCAGGGUUUAGCAUUCAAACCUAUCAAGUUGUGAAUGAGAGUGGAGAGAAGCACUUUGUUAGAUUUCAUUUUAUUCCUGACGCUGGCAUAAAAAAUCUAAACUCUAAACAAGCACAGAAAAUAUCCGGUAUCGAUCCAGAUUACGCCACCAGAGAUUUGUAUAAUGCGAUAGGAAAGGGUAAAUUUCCGAGCUGGUCUGUCAGUAUCCAGAUAUUGACAUUAGACGAUGUGAAAAAUGCAAAAUUCGAUGUUUUUGACGUGACGAAAGUAUUACCCCAAGAUGAAUUUCCCCUAAAACCACUCGGUCGUUUGGUUUUGAACAAAAAUCCGACGAACUAUUUUGCAGAAGUAGAACAGUUGGCGUUUAACCCAGCAAAUCUUGUGCCGGGCAUUUUGGGAGGACCGACCAAAAUUUUCGAAGCAAGACGUUUAGCUUACAGAGACGCUCAAUAUUACCGGUUAGGUGCUAACUUUAAUAAAAUACCGGUAAAUUGUCCGAUUCAAAAUCACGUACUUGCUUACAAUCGCGAUGGUCGACCUCCCGUUAAGGAUAAUGGUAAAGAUACCCCCAAUUAUUAUCCUAACACGUUCAAUGGACCGGUGCCUUACAAAGAUGAGAAUAGAGUUGACCUUAUCGAGAUAUACCAAGAUGAUCCUAACAACUUCGAUCAGGCUAGAGAGCUGUAUAUGAACGAAAUGACGAAAGAGGAACGAAGCAGACUUGUCGAAAACAUUCUGUAUAGUCUUGGUGGUGCUAUCGAAGAAUUGCAGGAUAGAGCAGUGAAAAUUUUCACAAUCAUACACCCAGAUCUUGGUUACAGAAUAUCUCAAGGUCUAAAAGUGAACCGAACGUCGUACUACCGGGAUGAUGAAUGGCUUAAUAAUAAUUAGAUAAAUAUAUCAAAACACACACGGUCACCUGGACCUUAAUCUGUAUUUAGGAGUUAGAGACUUAUAAACAUACUUAUAUACCUUUACAUCAUGCAUAUAUAUGUGUGUGUAUAAAUGUCGAUUAUGAAUAUCCAGACAUAGAGCGAAUACAUCUCUUCGUCGCCAGAACGUUUACCCCAAGAGGAAAUCGAACGCACAACCCUCAUAUAAAAUACUGGUUAAUUAAUAUUUUACCAAAAAAAAUGUUAAUUGGAGAUCG